AUGGAGCUGCUGAAGAGGAGCAGGCCAGGGGGGCUGCGGCGCCCUCGUGGGCAACUCCUGUGUUCGCUCCGUGUCCUCGCCUUGCCAGGCCGGCGCUACCAGAGCCUGCCCACCACCUUCCUGGACGACCAGGAUGCCAGCGCCCGGUAUGCCAAAGCCAGCGCCAUCCGGGCGCCUCCCCAGUCGGCCUCCCCAGAGCAGGAAGGCUUCUUCAACCUGCUGACCCACGUGCAGGGCGGGCGCAUGGACGAGCAGCGCUGUAACAUCCAGAUCGUGCAUGGCAAGAGCGGUGCUGACCCGGAGAAGCAGGACAGCCCCAGCCCCCCGCCGGAGAUGGACAGUUUCCUGGAUAUGCUGGCACACACGCAGAGCCGGCGGAUGGACGACCAGCGCGUCAGCUUCAACUACCUCCCAGGCUUCCAGAACACCGACCGCAACGCCCCCAGCAAGCCGGCCUCUGGGCCCACCAAGAAGUGAGCGCCCCCAUGGCGGGGGGAGGAGCCGACGUGCCUGAUGGCCGCGCUAGCACCCGUGCCCUGCAGCACCUGCCCUGCCC